AUGUCCGCCGAGAUGGCAAACGAGAUCAAGCUGAUCAGUGGCCGCAGCCACCCCGAGCUCAGUGAGAAGAUCGCAAAGCGGCUCGGUAUUGAGGUUGCUAGGACAAUCUCUCUGAAUUACUCAAACCAGGAAACCUCCUUCACCGUUGGCGAGUCCGUCCGCGACGAAGAUGUCUUCAUUGUGCAAUCCACCGCCACUGGCGACGUCAACGAGGGGUUGAUGGAGCUAUUGAUCAUGAUCUCGGCAUGCAGAACUGCGAGUGCUAGGAGGAUAACGGCGGUCAUUCCGAACUUCCCAUAUGCUCGUCAGGACAAAAAGGACAAGUCUCGAGCUCCUAUCAGUGCCCGGCUAGUCGCGAACAUGUUACAGACCGCUGGUGCCAAUCAUAUCAUCACUGUCGACCUUCAUGCGUCCCAGAUUCAAGGCUUCUUCAGUGUCCCUGGUAUGGCCACCCGGUCUCUUCUGACACUCUUGGUCUUGGACCGUGCUGACUCCUCCGUAGUGGACAACUUGUAUGCUGAACCUUCGUUCCUCCGGUAUAUCAGGGAGAACUUCAAACCUGAGGAUUGUGUCAUUGUUUCCCCUGAUGCUGGUGGUGCCAAGCGUGCUACUUCUAUUGCUGACCACCUGAACACUGCCUUCGCCCUAAUCCAUAAGGAACGUCCCAGGCCCAAUGUUGUCGGCCGCAUGGUUCUUGUCGGAAAUGUUCAGGACAAGGUUGCUAUUCUUGUUGAUGACAUGGCGGACACUUGUGGUACUCUGGUUAAGGCAGCCGCGGUACUCAAGGAGCAUGGUGCAAAGUCGGUCCUUGCGCUAGUUACCCAUGGUAUUCUUUCUGGAAAUGCCAUCGAAACCCUGAACAACAGCGUUCUGGAAGCACUUGUUGUCACGAACACUGUCCCGCUGGGUGACAAAUUGGAGCGGUGCCCCAAGAUUCGGGUCAUUGAUAUCAGCCCCACUAUCGCAGAGGCCAUCCGCCGUACUCACAACGGUGAAUCGGUGUCCUAUCUGUUCACUCACGCCCCAGUCUAA